GUUGCCCGGGGAACAGCAGCUGGAUGCAAACAGAAGCGUCAGGCAGAGGGAGAGCCUGAUCUGAGCUGGGGCUGCAGGGCUGUGCCGGCCUGCUGGUGCUCAGGGGGAACGUUACCGGGGCUGGAAGGACGCUCCGGGGCCCGUGGGACCCAGCUUCCCACGUGCCCUAUCCUCCUGUGGCAAACUGAAGUAAAAAUACUCUGGAAGCUUGUUGUACCGAGGCUGGAGAUGAGGAUGGAUAGUUCAAGUGACGUUACACCGAAGGAGAUGUCCCCAGAUGGACAGAUGCACCAGGAGGCAGCAAUACUGCCCCAGCAGAGUGGGGACCCCACGUUGCAGUAUAUCCCCUCACUCGGGGACAGGACCCCUGGGGCCGCAUCCUGCGGGACCCAGAACAACCCUAGGGGCAUUGCUUUGGAGCUGCAAAUUGGAGAGCUCAGGCUCAUCCCAGCCAUGAGUAUUUGCUGAGCACCUGAGCUGCCCCUGAGUUACGUGUGUGAUGCGAUCCUGAUCCUGGGCUGAAUGAAACAUUACCUGACCUCACCUGCAACCAUGGCUACAGUACCCACGCUAAGCUCGCACCAUAGAGAAAGCAAGGGGCCCUGUGGGAAGUGGCAAAAACUGAUCUGGAGCCACAAGAGAAGGGACUCAGAGCAGGGGAAGCCUCCUUGGAUCCCCAUGGGAUGUUUAAUUCAUUUAUGAGAAGCGGCAGGGUUUUUUUGCAUUCAUUUUCCUACUGCUCACCAGCCAGCACAUUUCUGGGGAGCCUUUUUUGUCUCUCACUCCUGCCCCAGGACACGAUCCCCUGUUUUUCACUCCGUUUUGCCAUCACACCUUUAUCCAUCAGUAACUGGACUCCAUGGCUGCUGCCCAGGAAGAUGGAGCUCUGGGAGAUGCUGCAGCAGGUGCACCUCAGAGGGCUCCUGAAGAGCUGGAGGAGAGCGGCGGUGCUCCCAGCCGGGUGUGGGGUGCACAGCCUGGCCUGCUCUUCGAGGGAGAGAAGCAGAGCUGCCAUCCUCUCAGCCUGUCCUGGGCACUGGGCUACAACAGCAGCCUGGCUGUGCAUAGCAUGGAGGAUGGGGUGCUGCUGUACAUCUCUGCCCACACGGUGGUCGUCCACGACAUCCUUGGCAACAGGCAGUACCACCUGCAGGGCCAUGUGAAUGCCAUCUCGUGCCUGUGUGUCAGUGAGGACAGGCGCUGGGUCGCCACUGCUGACCGAGGUCCGGACCCAUUGGUCAUCGUGUGGGAUGCCUUCUCUGGGAUCCCAGUGCACACCAUCUUUGACAGCCACACAGGCAGUGGGGUCUGUGCUAUCGCCAUCUCCCAGGAUGCAAAAUAUUUGGUAACCAUCAGUGCUGGCAUGGUGCAGAGGGUCUGCGUGUGGAGGUGGACCUGUCCCAGUGAGAGCCCCAUGUGUGAGGCAGAGCUGAGCCCUGAGUUUGGCUUCCAGGAUUUUGUCAUUUUUAACCCCCAAAAUCCCUAUGAGUUUGUCAGCAACAGCAAAACCCAGGUGAUAUUUUAUCUGUGGGGUGAUGCUGGUUUGCAGUACAGCACUCCGCCUUUGACCAAGCAGACCUUUGGCAGCGCAGUGGGACACUUCACCCAGUCGGCUUUUCACUUCAACGCCACGCAGGCGCUGACGGGCACCUCAGCUGGGAAGGUAGCGGUGUGGGGUGUGGAAAGAGAGCGGGGACCGGCCAAGGAGCCGCGGGGCAGGCUGCAUGGCAUGAAGGCCACCAAGCUGGUGCCGAUGCAGGAAGAAAGCCUGACAGUGCUGAUGGUGCUGGAGAGCUGCGUAGUGACAGGGGAUGUGAGAGGCCAGGUGAAGUUCUACGAUGGGCAUCUGCGGCUCCUGGCCUGCUGUGACCACAGCAGUAUGGGUCCCAUUCGGUCCAUCUCCUUCUCCAAAGCCCCUCCAGAUCCUCACGGUGCAUCCUCUACCGGCAGCCAGCCCGUCACUGCUAGGAACUUUAUCCUUUCAACCUCUGAUGCAACAGUGCUCCAUGUUGCAACAGAUGGGACAGACUUUGAAAAAGUCAUGGAAGAGGCCAAGAAAGCAGUGAUGGCCAUUGCAUGCCACCCCCGGCAGGCACAACUCGCUGUGGGCAGUCACUGUGGGCUGCUGAAGGUGUGGGACUACCAGCAGCCCCAGCUCCUCAUGAGCAGGAUAUUCUCCAGGGUUGGCAUCCAAUGCCUGUCCUAUGACCCUGCAGGUUCCUUCCUGGCUGCUGGUUUUACUGAUGGGAGUGUGCAUGUCCUCGAUGCCAUUUCCCUGAUGUCUUGCUGUGAGGUCUUCAAGUUCUCACGGGGCCCCAUAACUCACAUCCAUUUCUCCCACAACUCCGAGUACCUCGCAACUGCUGAUGAGAAAUGUGCAGUGACCGUUUACAAAAGGAUUCUGCAAAACAAGCAAAUGUGCUGGGAACACCUGGCGGGGCUGCACUCCCACUACAAGCCCAUCCGGAGCAUCCUGUUUGGGGUCCAGCUGGAUGACAGCGAGCCCCGUCUGCUGAGCCUUGGAGAGGACCGGCAGCUGGUUGAAUAUGACCUGAGCAGCAGCAGCAAGGACCAGCUGGUGGUCCUGCACAGACAUCGUGUAGAGCAGGCUGCUGUGCCCCUCUGCUUGGCCUGGUACCCGCAGUUCAGCACCGAGUCCUUCAUCCUCACGGCCAACAGUUGCUACAAAAUGAAGCUCUACAAUGCAACAACCAAAAUGUGCAGAAAGACCCUUCUGGGACCAACCUACGGCUCCCCACUGGAGAAGAUGCAAAUCCUCCCAGCGAGUGCUACACAUCCCCAGAAGCACUACCUGGCAUACAUCACCAAGGACAAGGUGGGCCUGCAGAUUCUGCCCAUUGAUGGCAAUCCCCACAAGUCCUCAGCCUUCAUUUGCCACCCAGAUGGCGUCUCUGACCUGGCCGUCUCCUACGAUGGGCACUACAUCUUUACAGCAGGGGGGAACGACCGCACUGUUCUAAAGUGGAAGGUGAACCUAAAUGCCUUGGAGGCUGCCGCGUCCCUGGGCGGGGAGGACCUGGUCCCAUUCUACAGACUGCUGGAGGGCGGCCAGGACGGUGAAUUCUUCAGGAUUGUCUUUAACAGCGGUCUCAUUGAUAUGACUGAGCUGGAGGAUUAUUUCUACUAUGUGCAGCUGCGCAGCCAUGGCAUUGAUACGCUGGAGACCAGACAGGUGUCAGUGCACAUUCCCCUGGAGGAAAUUCCUUCUGUAAUGAGAGCAAUGGGAUUUUAUCCAUCAGAGGAAGAGAUUGAAGAAAUGAUAAAUGAAGUAAAAUUCAGCGAGUAUGUGGAUACUGGAGAACAAGUGACAAAAAUCAAUUUAGGGGAUUUUAUCAAACUUUAUAUAAAUCAUCGGCCUGCAUUUGGCUUGUCAAUGAAAACAAUACGACGAGCAUUUCAGGUCCUUGGUUAUGACAAUGAGAAUGGUGACAAAGUUAUUGACAGAGGAGACUUGCUGUCGCUGCUUCAGAGCAGGGGAGAGCAUAUGAUGGAGGACGAGUUGGCACUGUGUUUGACUGCCCUGCUGGGCAGGCAUCCAACAGGAGGAAGAUCUGACCUGGACAUACGUGAUCCCUCAGGUGCAGCAGUUAUGAUGGAAGAAGAAAUUCCAGAGGAAAUCACAGCAGAGAGAUUCACUGCCGGCAUUCUUGGCCUAUCUAUUGCUGAGCCAGAAAACAGAAGAGUAAAAUGAGAUGGAUAUGAAGACUCAGAAUUGUAGCUGCUGUUUUCUACUCCUUUCUAAUUUUCAAACUCCUCAAGUACCUGUGAAAUGUAUGAGUUUCUUAAAAACUGUUACAUAGUUUCAGAUUAUUCAAACUCUAGACCAACCCCCUCAUGCCACAAGCCUAUGGGAUCAAAUCGACUUCCCAAAUUGUAUGUGUUCCUAAUACAGCACCCUCUGUCCUGCUACAGCAGAAGGUUUUAAUUUGGAAAUAUCUUUGGAAGCAUUUCUGCUGCCAGGGCAUGGCCCACACCUCCAGUACCCUCUUCCUCAGAACUGGCCAAAACAUGGCCUGGGUACACACGGUGCUUUCCAGAAAGGAUCUUUGCAGAAAGUUGCAUGAAAGCUUUGUUCUAAUCUACCUUAGUUCACUGAGCCUCUGGAGAACAUCAGUCUGCAGGGAACAGUGGGUGGCUGUAGGUCAUGGCAUAGAUCACCUCUACCCCUGGCUAAAGCCUUCCUAGAAUUCUUUUCAAGUGGGUUUACACCAGAUGCAAUCUAUUUCCAUUACGCUAAGGGGGUAUUUAUUUGUAAAACCCAACAGCAAAAAAAACUACAUAAAAGUACUGAUUAUAUACA